AUGUUGACAUCCGCCGUACAGUCCGUGAUGUCAACGUCGCCGCCGUCGUCACCACCUACUAUAACAACAACAACAACAACAGCAGCAACAAUAGCAGUAGUACCACAAAUCAGCAAUACCCAGAACCAUCAUCAACAGCAGCAUCACUUAGCAGCAUCAUCAUCAUCGUCAUCAACAUCUUCUUCUAAUAGUUCUUCGUCGUCGUUGUCAUUAUUAUCAUCCCAAUCGCAACAACAGCAGCAGUGCUUGAUAUCAUCGCUUUCAACCGGUUCCGGUCCAGGCCUAAUUCGGCCUUCGUUGUCCUCAUCAACACAGCAACAGUCCAAAUCUCAAAAAGUUGUACCCUCAUCCUUGCUGAUCAAUCAUCUUACUACAGGCAACAGUAUCAACAACAACAACAACAGCAGCCACAAUGUCGGCGCUUCCGUUUCUCCGAGUAGAUCCUCGGCGGGAAGUGUCAGCCUGUUAAAACAACAACUGGCAUCCGGCCUGGACAAACUGUCCGGAACCACCAAUAUCGUCUCGGUUUCAUUGGUCGGCGGAGGCAAAAAAGCGAAGUUAUUCAACAAUGCUACUCCCAACUCAGCUGCUGCAGUCAACGUCAACGAUAUUGCCGCCGGUUUGGCCAAUGCUGUGGCAGCUGCGGUGGCCGAUGCCGUCACAGUGGCUACCAUCGGCCGAAACCUCAACAACAACAACAACAACCCCAAUAGCUACUCUCAACUUAGGCAACAGCUGGAAUCUGGACCGGCAAUGCAUCAGCAGCAUCCCCACCACUCGGAAUCGUCCGGUUCCGGUCAGAUUGUAAUGAUUGAAUCGUCUUCUUCAUCAUCGUCUCCAGCUUCGAUAGUGACGCUGACUCCACCACAGUCGCCCCGAAUGAUUGCUUCUGCUGCUGCUGCUACUACCGGGGAAAGUCAGCUGAAACAGUUCCUGAAUGGAGCAACCGCCAUUGGUGGCGGCAGUAACAACAAUCAUUCCCAACAGUAUCAUCAUCAUCACCAUCAGCAACAGCAACAAUCAUCCCAUGGCCAGCAACAGCAGCAGCGACAGCGACAGCAAUCGUGUGGAAGAAGCUUCCUGCAGCAGGCGGCCUCAUCCUCCGGAUCCGGGUUGAUCUGAAACCGAACUUCGCCGUAGACACCGUAACGCACCGACAUUCUGCUGUACUGUUGUUCCAUCGCACGCGAUUAUCUUUAAUGCCAUCUCGUCGUGGGUAGAGGAAGAGACACGUUGAAUUUUCCCAAACCACGUUGUGGGUAUGUUGAGUGUGGUUGCAGUGCCCUGUACUGUACAUUUAUUGUUGUCGUUGCCAUCGUUCCCCUAUUCCAACCGUGGAUGAAGAACGAAUUCGUAGGACUUGGAUGGAUGUUAACGUCUCAACAACUAAAGGACAAAAAUGCGGAACCGGUGGAAGUACUCUACAAAUUAGAAGAUUAAAUACAGACACAAAAGAAGGAAAAAACACAAAACAAACAAAAAGAAAACAGAAAAAGCAGUUCUUUGCUUAGGAAAUCUAGUUUCAAGAUAGUCUCUCGUUAGUAGGAUUCUCUUAGUAGUAGUGUGCGCGUACGGUAUUUGAUCCAACUACUAAUAAGCUCGAUUCCCGAUGGACAAAAUUUGUGCGUGUAAGUAUGAGUGUGAGAGAAAGAGAGAUUGUCGAUGAAUAAAUCUUAAAAAUUUACAGCGUAUAAAUGAAAAAAAAAAACAAAGAA